GCACGUGACACAACAAGGAAGAAAGGAAGUUUAAAUGUUCACGUUCUUCCCACCGAAGGGCUGCGUCGUGUUUUAUGAACUACUAGGUCCCGGCCCGGUUCUGGGUGCUGUAGCUCCGCACAGGAACCAGCAGCCGCGUGCGUGCGUGUCGUGAGAUCCGCGGACCAUGCGUCGCGUGAGGCUGCUGCCGCUUCACGUCCUCGUUCUGACCUCGCUGCUGCCGCUCGGGCGCGAGGCUCUACCUGUUGUCAUCAAUACGUGGCCGUUCCGGAACGCGUCCGCCGCAGCUUGGAGCGUGCUGCAGUCUGGCGGCUCGGUGUUGGAUGCGGUGGAGGAAGGCUGUGCCCGCUGUGAAAUCGAGCAGUGUGAUGGCAGCGUGGGCUACGGCGGGAGCCCAGAUGAGACAGGGGAGACCACACUGGAUGCCAUGAUCAUGAAUGGGGACACGAUGGAGGUGGGCGCCGUCGCAGACCUGAGGAGGAUCAAGAACGCCAUCGGAGUGGCGCGGGCCGUGAUGGAGCGCACGGACCACACGCUGCUGGUGGGGGAAUCGGCGUCUGUGUUUGCUGAAAACAUGGGCUUCAUCGCAGAAGACCUGACUACCAACAAAUCUGUGAAUAUUUUCUCCCAGUGGCUGAAGGGCAACUGCCAACCUAAUUAUCACAAGAAUGUGUUUCCAGAUCCUUCUAAGUCUUGUGGACCCUACAAGCCCAGGGUGACGCUGGAACAGAGGAGGCGGCAGGAUAACAUGCUCUCCCAUGACACCAUAGGGAUGAUUGCCAUUGAUCAAGACGGGCACGUAGCUGCUGGUACAUCGACUAAUGGACUCACUCACAAAAUUCCAGGCCGCGUUGGAGACUCUCCUAUUGUUGGAGCCGGGGCUUAUGCAGAUAGCUCAGCUGGUGCUGCUGCUGCAACGGGAGAUGGAGAUGUCAUGAUGCGUUUCCUACCAAGCUACUUGGCUGUGGAGCUGAUGAGGGCCGGGGCAGAUCCCUCGGCAGCCUGCAAGGCGGCCAUUUCUAGAAUCAAGAGGCAUCACUCGGAAUUCUUUGGUGCCAUCAUCUGCGCAAACACAACAGGCCAUUAUGCUGCAGCCUGUAACAAAGCCCCUGGCUUGUCCCAGUUCCGCUACAUGGUGUCAAACUCAGAGUCCAACACACCACUACUGAAAACUGUUGACUGCUUCUAAAUCAUCUUUGUUAUAUAAUGAAAUAAAUUCAGACGUCAUGCUGUA